UGCUUAACAGCUGCUUGAGAGUGGAGCAAAAGGGAAGAAGUUGUGGACAAGUCAUUGCCUCUUUGAAAAUUCUCAGGACCUUGAAACUAUCUCUGAAGAGUGUUGUGUGCUGUGCCAUCUCUUGUCAAGCAGUGCUUCUCCAUGGAGCCCAAGACACAUCCUUCUGGCAAAUUUCCUGAGUCAGGAUCCUCGCUUCCAACUAUGGGGAAAAACCUACAGGGUGCAGUUCGAGGGGGGCUGAGAACUCUGUACCUGCACCUUCUCUCACUGCAAGAGGGGAUUCUGAGUUGGUAUUUAUGUCUGAAGCAGAUUCAGUGGGAUCUCCUGUGCUGGAUCCAGGCUUCCUUAGAGCUAACUAUAGACUUCUUCUUCUGUUGGGCACAAAAUGUCCUCCUUGCUUCCAUGAUGCUCCUGCUGUUGGCAUGGCAAAUUCACAGUGGAGCCAAGGAAUAUGGCUGGAGAUCAUUCCUACGAAGGCUGGUCCUGGAAAAGCAGCUUACCCAGAAGAUUUCACUACUGAAAAGCUGCUGCUGGAAUCUGGAGAACCUCCUGAUUCAGAUGACUUGGACCUCAGUUUGCUGCUUCAUCUGGGUUGUGUCCUGCAUUGUUCAGGCCCUGGAAGCCAGCUACAAGCAGGCUGCCCAGAUGGCCAGAGACCAGACUGAAGAAGACAAAAAGGAAACAGCAAGGCCACUCAUGAUGACCUCUCAUUCAGCUGUUCUCUCAAGGCAGGAAUUGCUGACCUAGCUGGCAUUCACUAAACAUUGCUGGAGGAGAUCUUACUUAAGAGGGUUGUGCAUUUUUUUCGUGGGGUCAGAGUGAGAUGGGGUAGUAGGUGAUUUUAGCAAUGUGCACAGUGUGAUGCAUUUGGGGGUUGAUUUUAGUGUCCCAAAGCAUCUUUUCCGAUUCUUGAAUCAGAUUUUGGAGAAGGGCAUUAUCAGCUUGUAGCAAUGCCUCUUCAGACCUGGCAGACAAUUUUGCUUUCGUCCUGUUUCCUGUUCCAUUAUGUUAUUUCCUCUCAGUGUAAGUAACAUUGUGCAACCCAUAGUAAGGGAAUAAGAAUAAGCCAAAGAAAUUAAAACCUGUGCUAUGAUA